UAGACCUGUUGUGUAGUAAGACUGGAACUUACUGAUGUGUCUAAUGUAACGAGUGUUUUCUUCUUAGACAACACUGCUAAAGGGAUAAAACAUGUUUUACAUCAGCACAUUAUUGCCGAUGCUACUAUCAGCUGCUGUGGCUUCAUUGUCAGUUUCAUACCACUCUAAAAGCAUAUGUGUAUUGGAAAGAUCAUCUGUGGAUUUCAGCUGCACCUUUGAUUAUCCACUUUAUUCUACACUUAAAACAACAAGAUGGUUCAAGCCAUUAUCUAAUCAGAAACAAGACGGAACACAGUUUGGAAUAUCUGUCUAUCACUCAAAUACAGCAGAGAUUCACCAGCUGUACAAAAACAGAACAGCUUAUGCAAACCAAGACAGAAACUGCUCGCUGCAGAUACACAAUGUCUCCAAAAGUGACAACGGAAUGUAUUUCUUUCGCUUGGAAUAUGAUCACGGAAAAUACACUGGACCAUGGGGCAUAAACCUCAGCGUAGCAGUUCUACCUUUUAGAGUAACAGUGAAAACGCAAAAGAAGAAUGGACACAUUCAUGAAGGAGACUAUGUGACACUGACAUGCGGCACAGAAAACUGUACCCCAAAAAAAGAGCCGUUUGCCUGGUUUAAAAAUCAACGUCUGAUUCCAGAAGCCACUGAUAAUGUGUUCCACAUCGCUUCUGUCUCUCACCAUGAUUUUGGCAACUACUCCUGCGGUCUGAAGACGAGCAGCUCAACUUCAACAGAUGAAAUACUGCUUGACGUAAAAUAUAUGCCAAAGAAUGUUGAAAUAGCUGUUUUUCCAUCUGGAAAGAUACGAGAAGGGAACUCACUGACUCUGAUCUGCAUGAACAAUGCCAAUCCUUCAGUGACAAACUACAGUUGGUUUCUGAUCAAAGAAGCAAAGGUCUCUCAUAUAGGACUUGAUCGUGAAUUCUCCAUCAAAUCUGCCAGUCAGAAGGAUAAUGGACAAUACUUCUGCACUGCUAAAAAUGACAUGGGUUCUCAAAACUCUUCAGUCAUAGCAUUGAAUGUUGAAGUGUCCGUUCAUCAAAAUGUCUUGCUGACUGCAACAGCUGUGUUUCUGUUUCUAAUGGCUGUUGUCAUUUUUGGUCUCAUUAUUUGGAGGAUACAGUUUACGUCAAAGAAGCAUCCCACAGAACAGACACCUGCAGCCACUGUCACAGAAGAGAUUUACGAGAACCUGAGAAAAUCACAAGAGUCUGAGGGAAAAUAUUCCACAAGCGUGGUCUAUGCAGAUCUAAGUCUUCCUCCAGCCUCAGACAGACCAAGUUGCAACAGUCAAGCGGGCGACACUGUGAUCAUCUACAGCCUUCUUAGCUACAACAAGUGAAUGAAUCUUAACACUGUGAACAAUGAGAUUCAGCAAGCAGCUGUUGUUGAAAUUUCUCUCUUUUUAUUCAAAAGAAUUAAAUGUCUAUAGCUGCAAAUAAAUGUAUACAAUGUACAGAGAAGAUAAAAUAAAAUUAGUAAAUCUAUAUGUACAUCUUUUUGCAUGCAUCUGUAUUUACAUCCACAUUAAACAUCACUUGACCAAAAAAUUCAAACAUGGUGCAUUUAUGAAAUAAAUGAAAUGCAAUGUUGAAAAACAAGUUGGAACAAAUAAAAUGCACAGUUAUAUCUAUAUUAAAAGUUUUUUUUUUUUCUUUUGUUUAAGUUAUUAUUGUUCACAUAAAAGGGAAAAUUCAUGUCUUACCAAGUCCAUUGGACACUCUUUCUUUCACCUAUUCCUUUAAUCAAGAUUUUAUACAAGCUACAAGCAUAUGUUAAAUGUGCAAUAAAUUAACAUAAGUGAUGUUAUUAUGCUAUGAUAUUAUGCUCCCAUUGUGUCAGUAAUAUACUUUAACAUGUCAACAUCAUAUUCAACUUAGCUGCAUUUUGCUUUUAUCUGCUCACUACUGAACUACAUUCAGCUCAAGCAGCAUUUGUCACGUACAGUAUUUACAGUGCUGGAUCACAAUCAUAUAUUCCUUUACAUCCUACAAUUAGUACAAUCACAUUUUUAAGAACAAACAUAAUCCAAAUCACACGGGACUUGAAUGUUUUCCUGCAAAUAACAGUCGUCCUUUCUGAUGUUUGCAUAUUUGUUUCAGACUGCAUCACUUAAAUGUGAAGUAUAUCAUGUAUGAAGUUUUAUAUCUUUCAAACAGGUUUCGCAAACACUCCCGCAUCUGUCAUUGGUCAGACAAACAGAUUGUCCCGCCCCGAAACUCACACUAUUGGUUGAGCCAUGUUGGCCAUUGAAGUGUUCAAUGUUUUCAUAGCAUUGUGUUGUGUAUAGUAUCUUCAUCUAAGCCUCUGCUGCUGGGUCACCAGAUUCUGGUUUCUUCCUAGAAAAAA